GCGGCGGGCAGGUGCCGUGCAGGCAGCGGGCGGUGAAGCCGCUUCCGCCGCCGCGGCCUCGCCAGCAAUAAAAAUGGCGGCGUCGGUGCUGGAAGUUGUGGGCAAGCUGCAGUCGCGGCUGGCGGGGAGCUCCGAGCCCAAGAAGCUGCUGAAGAGUCUGAAGAGGCUGUCUGAGCUGCCCAUCACAGUUGACAUCCUUGUGGAGACGGGUGUUGGGAAGACCGUGAACAGCUUACGGAAACAUGAGUUGGUGGGAGACUUUGCCAAGAACCUGGUAGCCAGGUGGAAGAAGCUGGUGCCGGUGUCCCAGGAGGCAGACAGAAAUAACGUAGACUCUGAAGACCGUGACUAUGAGAGGAGCAGUUCAAGCAAAAGACAUCAGGAACCCUCCCUCAGAGAGGAUGAGGACCCUGACCAGGAGUAUUCAGAGCCCUUCCAGCCAUCUUGCAGCCAGUCUUAUAGCCCAGAUCAUAGGGAAAAGAAGUCCAAAAGAUAUCCUAGGCCUGAGAGAGUCCAUGAGACUUAUGGCUAUAGCAGCCACGAGGGGAAAGGUUGGGGCAGAUCUUCCCCAGUGCUCUCUUCAGAUCAGGAGUAUUCGGACUGUGGACAGGCUGGGUCACCUGCGCCAAGUGAGAGCCCUCAGGACAUGUACACAGACCCUUAUGCCUCUGAGGAGCAGGAAGAACCAACAGUAUUUCAUCGGAAGGCCAGUAAAGGCCACAGCUUUCAGGAGAAGCUGCAGGGAGGCCGGGAAAGGAACCCUGGCGAGUUCCAUGACAAAGGGAACACGAGUCGAAGCAAAGAGCACAAGUCUCACAAGAAGCAGCGACUUGAUGGCAGAGAGGAGGACAGGAGCUCUGCCUUCAGCCCAGAAAGGUUGCACAAAACCUCUUUUAAAGAGCAUCUCCCAGAGGCCCCCGUGGCAGGGGCCAGCAAGGAGAAGCAGAGGAUGUCAGAUGGCAUCAAGAAGGAGAAGAGCAGAGAGAGCGGUGCCUCCAGAAAGGAGAAGCCAUUGGACAACCACGUGAAGAAGCAGAAGCAUCGGGACUCUGAGAAGGGCAAAUUGGAAAAGGCCAAGCUGAGCUUGGAGCCCUCAAACAAUGAACGAGAGAAGCGGAGAGCUGAGAGUGACUCAUCAAAUAGGGUUAAAGAGAAGGGGGUUGCUGGGAGCUUCAGACCCGCAGAGGGGAAGCGCAAAGCCCCUGACAUGGACAAGAAGUCUGUGGGCUUUUCCUCCAGCUUUGGGGAGGGGGAAGUGGAGGAUGAGUUUGAGCAGCCAACGAUGUCCUUUGAGUCGUACCUCAGCUAUGACCAGCCCCAAAAGAAGAAGAAGAAAGUGGUCAAACCUGCUGGGCCGGCUGGGGAGAAGGAGCGGGGGCACAGCAAACAGAACGGAUCCAAAGCCAGUGCCAACAGCUCCAGCUCCAGUCGGAAGAGUCCAAGCCACAAGCGAACGAGUGAGAAAAAGGCAGAGAAGAAAGGAUCAGAGUCUCCUAAACCAAAGAGGAUACUUCUAGAUGUGGUACCAACGUUACCAGAGAUCCCACUGCCUCCUAUCCAGGCCAACUACCGCCCGCUUCCUUCAAUCGAGUCCAUUACCUGCUCCCAGACGAAAAGGAAAGCAGUGUCCUCACCGGUUGAAGAGAGCGAAGCAGGUUUCACAGGGCGCCGGUUGAAUUCCAAGAUGCAAGUGUAUUCAGGCUCUAAAACUGCCUACCUCCCCAAGAUGAUGUCUCUGUAUCAGCAGUGCAUCCGAGUCCUCAGUAACAACAUUGACUCAAUCUAUGAAGUGGGUGGUGUCCCGUUCUCAGUACUGGAGCCAGUAUUGGAGAGAUGCACCCCAGAGCAGCUGUACCGCAUUGAGGAAUGUAACCAUGUCCUCAUCGAGGACACGGAUCAACUGUGGCACAAUCACUGCCUGCGAGACUUCAAGAACGAGAAGCCAGAGGAGUUUGAGUCCUGGCGAGAGAUGUACCUGCGGCUGCAUGAUGCACGGGAGCAGCGGCUGCUCAUGCUGGCGCGGAACAUCGGCUCUGCUCAUGCCAACAAACCCAAAGGUAGAGUGGCCAAAAUGGCAUUUGUGAACUCUGCAGCAAAGCCCCCUCGGGAUGUACGGAGGAGACAAGAGAAGUUUGGGACUGGAGGCCCUCUGCUGCUGGAGAAGACCAAAAUAAAACCAGUCCUCUACACAUCUAGCAAAAGCCACACUCGUGUGAGUGAGGAGCAGUCCUAUGAUGGGCCCAGCACCAGCAGUGCCCAUUCUGUCCCAUCUUCAGGUAGCACCUUCUCCUCCUACGACCCCAAGAAACCACCAGUGAAAAAAAUUGCACCUAUGAUGGCAAAGACUAUCAAAGCUUUCAAAAACAGGUUCUCUCGGAGAUAAGCCUGCAGAGCAGAUCUGGGACUUGCCCUCUGGUGAGGAGUGGCACUGAAGGUGGAGAAGGUACUCACAGCCCUUUUCCUUGAACUCUUUGGAGGCUGCAGCUGCUGGGAGAAGCUUUGAUCUGCACAAGACAACAGCACAGUAUUUUAUCUUCUAUUCUGGUCCCUUUCUCAGUGUCAAGCCCCCUCUUUUCCACCUACCCUUAACAUCCUGUUUCUGGCUUUGUCGUCCGUCAAAAGAAGGGUGUACAAAACCCCCCGACACAAGAAAAUGUGAAGUCUUGGCACCUGCUGAGAGUGGAAGAUCAGAGACUAUUUACUAUUUAACCUCUUAAUAAAUUAUAAAAUGGUUUUAAUUAAUAUUUGCCCCCUCUCCCCCUGGUAUUUAUGUUGCUCCCAGUAUCUUCCCCCUCCUGAUGCAGUGCGAGGGUCAGCCUCUCUGUGGCUCCAUCUGGCCGAGUGGACACUGGGUGUCCUUCCCUGUGAUCUGGUACCUCCUGGGCUCCCUGGGACAGGCAGCACCCAUCUGCUCACUGCUCUUCUGGCAAGGGUGUCACGUCCUGAGGCUUUGCUCUCUGCUUGUGUCUCUUACUCUUUGCUCUUGACCUUCUCUCUGCUGUUACUUGUCCGGAUGCUUACAUCUUGUGCAGGGAUGCCAAGAGCCACUGGGGACUUUGCUGCUGCUGUUGUCUUCUGCUGGCUACUGGGAAUAAAACUACAAAGGGCUUGGGGAGAAGUUUUCCUGUGCACCAAGUCAGAUUUUAAUGUCUUUUUCCUUUAUUUUUUGUCCUUUUACUUGAGAAGGUUACAGGGGACUUGGCCUCUGGAAUUGGAAGCAGUUUUUAAAGAUCAAUGAAGGCAUCAAUUUGCCUUUUUUAGUAGGGAGAAGGAAUAUUUUUAUCAUGUUCCCUGUGUGCAAUUGGGAAGGAUUUAUUUCCAUUUUAAAUCCUGGCUAUUCCCUGUAUGUCUGCCCCCACUGGAAAAAGCAAGGAUUUUAGUCUUGGAACCUGAACCCACUUGUCUGGUGUUGGAGGGAAGUGAGUAAUGGAAUGUGGUUUGUGUUUAACGUGUGUAUGGGUGGUAGCAGGAGCUGAGGAAUGGGUUGUACCUGGUGUCUGAGGGGCUGGAGCUGUGUGGGCCACUGAGUCUGACUGUGCUGAACGCUUCCACUUGUGGGUUCCAGAACUGACCUCACCAGAGGUGUUGUGAGCAGGGGAUGGAGCUGGGCAGACCCGGGUCGUGCAGGGGCAGGUGGCAGCACUGUCAGGGCUCAUAGGUCUGACUGGGUCAGAAAGGGGAGAGGUUCUCCUGGUCCAAGCCAUAUUUGCUGCCUUGGGAUUGUGCUGUCGAGGUGGAAAAGGUGUCGGUGGUGGAUGCUGUUGCUGCUGCCAAAUGCUGAACUGGUGGAGUUGUCUGUGCACUGACUGGGGCACUUUGCUGUGCUCCCCAUAGGGCUCUAGAAAAGCCUCUGUGUGCUUCUGGUUUCUGUUGGAUCCUGUCUUUGUUUUCCUCCUUUUUUGUCUUUCUUUAGACCCAUUCUGCUCACUUGCCUCUUUCUUUGGGCUUUUCUUUCCUUAUUUUGAAGGUCUUGGAAACAUGUUCUCAGACUCUCACGUGCUGUAAGUUGGUUACAGUCCCAGAUGCUUUAACGUUUCCGUGCAGCAUUUCAGUGUGUGUUGUGCUGUAAAAUAAUGGCUCCUUUCUCUUGCAUUUUUUGCUGUAUUUAAUUUUGCUGUAUUUUUAAUUAGAUAACAAUAUAUUAUCUUCUGCUGACCGUUGUGCUACCGUUUAUUUCUCCUCUGUACUUUGGGCUAGGGGCAGAGGGGAGGGAAGUGGAGUCUGGCAUCAUGGCCAGGCCUUAAGGGAGCCUUGAGCAGAGGAGCUGGGCAUUGCUAAACUGCCCCUUGCUGAACACUACAGGAGCCACUCGGAUGUGAUGCUGCCCAAAGCAUUGGUGGUACAGGGUGAAGCCCCUUCCCUUCGUUGCCCUGGGCUUUGCUGCCUGUGUCUGUGUUGCUGGAUGGCAGGAGGGGGCCAGAAUAGAGGUCGGUGCCCGGGAUGUUACUUGUGCAAUUCCCAUGUGCUACACACACAUAGAGGACCGGAGCAGAGCUGCCUCUUCCCCCUUUGCCACACCGCGGGCAGGAGGGGGUGACUUUGAUUUGUAUUUGGGUCCCGAACUGUGUACAUACACUUUUCUAUGUUCCUUUUUUUGUGGUAAUUAAGAUGAAUAUUUUAAUUAGAUAAGUUAUAUGAAACGCUGAAAAUCACGUCUCAAUAAAAGCCAAACACUGGA